ACGAUAUCAUGCUCCUUCCAGGUUGAAAAAUGACACCGGAGAUGGAUGCUCUCAAGGUUCAGAUCCUACCUGAGCACCACCAAUCAUUGCCCUACACGUUCACGAAGCCCAAGUCGAAACCCACGAAAUCAUUGAUCCUGCUAAUUGUCGCUUCCGUGACUGUCACGUUAGGGUUAUUAUAUGUUUUCAAUUCAGUUCUAUCUUCCGGAAGUUUGCUUGGCCGGAGAUGUACGCUCCGGUACAGCGUCCUUAUCGACGCCGGGAGUUCAGGGACCCGAGUUCAUGUGUUCGGGUACUGGUUUGAGUCCGGGAAACCCGUUUUCGAUUUCGGAGAGAAACAUUACGCUAAUCUGAAGUUAACUCCUGGUUUGUCGGCGUAUGCUGAUAAUCCGGAGGGAGCAAGCGUGUCAGUGACUAAGCUUGUGGAAUUCGCCAAGCAGAGAAUUCCCCAGAGAAUGUUGAGGAAGAGUGACGUUAGGUUAAUGGCGACAGCUGGGAUGAGAUUACUUGAAGUGCCUGUUCAAGAACAGAUUCUUGAUGUUACAAGAAGAGUUCUUAGAUCUUCAGGGUUUAUGUUUCGAGACGAAUGGGCUACUGUUAUCUCUGGAUCUGAUGAAGGUAUAUAUGCUUGGAUUAUUGCCAAUUACGCACUCGGUUCGCUUGGAACUGAUCCGUUGGAAACAACGGGGAUUGUUGAACUCGGCGGGGCUUCUGCGCAGGUCACAUUUGUGUCAAGUGAGCAUGUGCCUCCUGAGUUCUCGCGUACCAUAUCCUAUGGAAAUGUUUCAUACACAAUCUACAGUCACAGCUUCCUCAAUUAUGGGAAGGAUGCAGCAGUAAAAAGGUUAUUGGAAACACUCCAAAACUCAGCUAACUCUACAGUGGAUGGAAUAGUUGAAGACCCUUGUACUCCUAAAGGGUACAUUUACGACACAAAUUCAAAAAAAUAUUCAUCCGGAUUCUUAGCUGAUGAAAGCAAACUUAAAGGCUCCCUUGAAGCUGCUGGUAAUUUCUCAAAAUGCCGAUCAGCUACGUUUGCACUUUUGCAAGAAGGAAAAGAGAACUGUCAAUAUGAGCAUUGUUCUAUUGGAUCAACAUUCACACCUGAUCUUCAAGGGAGUUUUUUGGCUACAUCAAAUUUCUACUACACCGCCAAGUUCUUUGAGUUGGAAGAAAAGGGUUGGUUGUCUGAAUUGAUUCCAGCUGGAAAGAGAUAUUGUGGAGAAGAAUGGUCGAAACUGAUAUUGGAAUACCCAACAACUGAUGAAGAAUAUUUGCGUGGCUAUUGCUUCUCAUCAGCAUAUAUUAUCUCAAUGCUUCAUGAUAGUCUUGGUAUUGCUCUUGAUGAUGAAAGAAUCACGUAUGCAAAUAAAGCAGGAGAAAAACACAUACCACUAGAUUGGGCAUUGGGCGCUUUUAUACUAGAUGCUGUUGAAAAAAUAAAAUCGGAGAUGGAUGCUCUCAAGGUUCAGAUUCUACCUGGUAACCAAUCAUCGCCUUCGUCCACGUACAUGCUCACUAAGCCCAAGUCGAAGAAAGCCACGAAACCGAUUAUCAUGCUAAUCGUUGCUUCCGUGGCUAUCACGUUAGGGUUAUUAUUUGUUUUCAGUUCCAAUUCAGUUUUGUUCUCUGGAAGUUUUAUCCGGAGAAGUUCGCUUCGGUAUAGUGUCAUUAUCGAUGCCGGGAGUUCAGGGACCCGAAUUCAUGUGUUCGGGUACUGGCUUGAGUCCGGAAAACCAGUUUUCGAUUUCGGAGAAGAACAUUACGCUAGUCUGAAGUUGAGUCCUGGUUUGUCUUCGUAUGCUGAUAAUCCGGAGGGAGCGAGCGUGUCAGUGACGAAGCUUGUGGAAUUCGCGAAGGGACGAAUUCCCAAGAGAAUGUUGAAGAAGAGUGACAUUAGGUUAAUGGCGACUGCUGGGAUGAGAUUGCUUGAAGUGCCUGUUCAAGAACAGAUUCUUGAUGUUACAAGAAGAGUUCUUAGAUCUUCUGGGUUUAAGUUUCAAGACGAAUGGGCUUCUGUUAUCUCUGGAUCUGAUGAAGGUGUAUAUGCUUGGGUUGUUGCUAAUCACGCACUCGGUUCGCUUGGAGGUGAUCCAUUGCAAACAACGGGAAUUGUUGAACUCGGCGGGGCUUCUGCGCAGGUGACAUUUGUGCCAAGUGACCAUGUGCCUCCUGAGUUCUCGCGUAUCAUAUCUUAUGGAAAUGUUUCAUACACAAUCUACAGUCACAGUUUCCUCGACUUUGGACAGGAUGCAGCACAAGACAAGUUAUUGGAAUCACUGCAGAACUCAGUAGCAGACUCUACAGGGGAUGGAAUAGUUGAAGACCCUUGUACUCCUAAAGGGUACAUCUACGACACAAAUUCACAGAAAGAUUCAUCCGGAUUCUUAGCUGAAGAAAGCAAAUUUAAAGCCUCCCUUCAAGUUCAAGCUGCUGGUGAUUUCUCGAAAUGCCGAUCCGCUACGUCAGCAAUGUUGCAGGAAGGAAAAGAGAAUUGUGCUUAUAAGCAUUGUUCUAUUGGAUCAACAUUCACACCUAAUCUUCAAGGAAGUUUUUUGGCUACAGAAAAUUUCUACCACACCUCCAAGUUCCUUGGGUUGGAAGAAAAGAAUUGGCUGUCUGAAAUGAUUCCAGCCGGAAAGAAUUUCUGUGGAGAAGAAUGGUCGAAAUUGAAAGAGAAAUACCCAACAACUAAAGACAAAUAUUUGCAUCGUUAUUGCUUCUCAUCAGCAUAUAUUAUCUCAAUGCUACACGAUAGUCUUGGUGUUGCUCUUGAUGAUGAAAGAAUCAAGUAUGCGAGUAAAGCUGGAGAAGAAGACAUACCACUAGAUUGGGCAUUAGGGGCUUUUAUACUGAAUACUCACACACCCACUUCUGAUUACAAUGGUAAAUCUAGAAAAAUGCUUGGCUUUAAGGAUUUCAAUUUGGAUUUCGUGCCAGUGGUUUUGAGAAACACUGAGAUGAGUAAUCACACGGUUGUAUAUGUUAAUGGAUUGAUACGACCGGUUCUCGCGGAGGCAGAGAAUAUGAGACCAGAGUCGCCGGCUGUAGCGGUGGAUAAUGCAAUUGAUAUCUACGACGGAGAUACUACGGAGUGUCGUAUUUGCCAAGAGGAAUGUGAUAUUAAGAAUCUUGAGAGUCCAUGUGCUUGCAAUGGCAGCUUAAAGUAUGCUCACAGAAAAUGUGUUCAACGUUGGUGCAAUGAAAAGGGAAACACUAUAUGCGAAAUCUGUCAUCAGCCAUACCAAGCUGGAUAUACCUCACCACCACCUCCACCUCAAUCAGAAGAAACUACUAUUGACAUUGGUGGAGGAUGGAGAAUCUCAGGUUUGGAUUUAGAUGAUCCACGUCUCUUAGCAAUAGCAGAAGCCGAACGUCAGAUUUUAGAAUCGGAGUAUGAUGAUUAUACAGCUUCAGAUACCAAUGGAGCUGCUUUUUUCCGCUCAGCUGCUCUAAUAUUGAUGACUCUUCUUCUAUUGCGACAUGCACUGACUAUACCAGAUUAUGCAGAUGGUGAAGAUGACCCUUCUUCAAUACUUUCUCUUUUCUUACUCCGAGCUGCCAGUUUUCUUCUUCCUUGCUACAUCAUGGCAUCAGCCAUUAGUAUCCUGCAUCGACGUAGACAAAGACAGGAAGCAGCGGCCUUGGCCACUCGGUUUGCGUUGGUGCUCAGCUCGCGGCAACCCAGAGCAGUGAUUAAUUAUUUGUCAAUGGAACCGUGAUUUUAAUAGUUCUACUCUAAGAGUUUCAGGUGUAUGCUUUUCAAUUAUUUCAUCAGAAAAAGAUUCAUGAACUGCUGUUAAAAGAGUGGUUUGCAAUAAGUAGAAAGAAGAAUCUCUUCUUGUCACUUCUUGCAGAGCUAUUGAAACUAUCUUUUCUGAUGAAAUCAUUGAAUCAUAUGUGAUGUGAAAUUACUAAUCAAGAUUUGAUAGCAAC